AUGCCCGCGCCAUCGUCGAAGCGACGCCGGACGUCGUCGUCGUCGGCCGACGCCGACGCCGCCGACGCCGACGCCGACGCCGCCUUACCCCCCGCCGCGCGAUGGACGGGCGCGCUCUCCUCGGCGGACGCGUCGCGAUACGCGCGGCACGUCUCGCUCCCGUCCUUCGGCGCGCUCAAGCAAGCGGCGCUGCAUCGCGCAAGGGUUCUGAUCGUCGGCCUCGGCGGCCUCGGCUCGCCCGCGUCGAUGUACCUCGUCUCGAGCGGGCUCGGGAGCGUCACGCUCGCGGACGCGGACGUCGUCGAGCUGUCGAACAUCCAUCGUCAGAUCGCGCAUCGCGAGUCCGCGGUCGGGCUCGCGAAGGUCGCCUCCGCGGCCGCAACCCUGCGCGCGAUGAACUCGCGAUGCGACGUGCGGACGGUCGAGGCGCGGCUCGCGCCCGCGAACGCGCUCGACCUGGUCCGCGGCCACGACGUCGUGCUCGACUGCACGGACGACGUGAAGACGAGGUACGUGAUCUCGGACGCGUGCGCCUCCGCGGGGGUGCCGCUGGUCGCCGCCGCCGCCGUCGGGACCGAAGGGCAGCUCACGGUGUACUGCCGCGCGAGCGCGAAGAGCGUCGGCGGCGUCGCCGCGAACACGAGUGAAAAGGAAACGGUCGCGGCGCUUCCGUUAGAUGAGGAGGAGGAGGAGGUUCCGCCGUGUUACCGGUGCGUGUUUCCCACGCCGCCGGCGACGAGGGACUGCGCGUCGUGCGCGGGCAGCGGCGUGCUCGGCCCCGUCCCGGGGGUGAUGGGCGUCCUCCAGGCGACGGAGUGCAUCAAGGUGUUGACGAAACAUCUCGGGCGUGGAGGUGGAGAACGCACGCUCGCGGGGCGUUUAUUGAUGUACGACGCGUUCGGCGGCGGGUCGAUGUUUACUCACGUGAAACUUCGAAAGCGACGCGCGGACUGCGUCGCGUGCGGCGCGGACGGGACGUCAUCGGGGGGCGCUUGGAUGAAGACGUACGAUUACGACGCGUUCAUCAACGGAAACAACGCGUGCGCUGCGGUGAAGAAAGAAGCAGGAGAAGAAGGAGACGGAAGAGAGCUUUACGCUCGCAAUCUCGAGAGAAUAACGCCGACGGAACUGCGCGAGAUGUUGACGACACCGACGGGUCGCGGGCUGGACGUCGUGGACGUUCGCCCGCGCGGGUUAUACGACGCCGCCGCGCUUCCGGGGGCGAGACACGUCAGCGAGUACGUCUUCCCGAAUUUAUGGUGCGAACGUCCGGAUGUGAUGAACGCCGCGUGGGAUCGCAAAAAACCCACGAUCGUGUUCGUGUGCAGCCGAGGGAUCGCGUCGAAGCGAGCGGCGGAGAAGUACGCGCGCGAAAUUUACGACGAGUACACGACGCUUCGCGACGAGCGGAGGAAAGGGCGAACGGUAUAUGGAGAGCCGGAGCUCCCCGAAAACAUGGUGCGGAUCUUGGACGUCGUCGGCGGCAUGGAGCGAUGGCGCGCGGACGUCGACCCGACGUUUCCGAAGCUCGUGUAG